AUUUGUGUUCCAGCUACCCUUCCAUACAACAUACGAGACCAGACUUGGAAAUAAGCAGCAUCGUCCCGAAAUAUUCGUCGGCAGAUAUUUCUAGUUGGGUAUGGGAAAAUGAUGAUGAACAUUUCUUUAAAUUGGCAAACGGUACUGGUGGGCGUUUGUUUCGGUCUUCUAUCGUAUUACGUCAUCAAGCGACUGAAAUAUCGUCUGCCGCCCGGCCCACCGUGUGUCCCUAUCAUUGGAAAUGUUCAAGUUUACACCUCCCGGGACCCACACAGGAAGGUCUUCAAAAUGGUGGAUAAAUACGGGCCGGUCAUCAAUGUAUCGUUUGGCCCUGUAACCUGGAUUUUCCUGAACACCAUCGAGGUGGUGAACGAAGCAUUCGUUCAGAGAGCGGAAGACUUCGCCGGACGAUACCAAAUAACUUCCGGAAUUAUGUUCACUGAUGGUGGCAAAGACAUUGCCUUUGCUAACUAUUCCCCAAUGUGGAGGAUUCAUCGAAAAAUUGCAGCCAAAGCUCUACGACAUUAUCUUCAUGGAAGUCUGCUAGAGGACAUGAUUCAAGAGAAUAUGUCAAAGUUUAUGGAUAGAAUGGUGAAAGAAACGGGACCAUUUGAACCGAAACAGUAUAUCAGUUUGAUGGUUUUCCAUCAACUUUACACUGUCUGCUUUGGAGAACGGAGACCCCCAGAUGACCCGGAAGUGAGAGAAUUUUUGGAAAUUUAUGAUCGGUUUGUGGUGGACUUUGGCGCGGGCUCUUUGGAAGAUCUUGUGCCUUUCCUUGCGCACGUUUAUGAAACCGCUAAAUUCAAAAACCUAGUGAGAAUGAAAGAAAAGAUGUUCUCCUUCAUCACGCAAAAAUACAACAGGCAUAAGGAAUCCUUCAGUCCUGGCAUCAACCGAGAUUUGAUAGACAGUCUCCUGAUCGCCAAACACGAGGCAGCAAACGACAACUCCGAGGGUGAGGACUUGGAGGAGUUUGAUGACGUAUAUCUGAUCCAAACGGUGUCGGAUAUUUUCUUUGCGGGAAUAGAUACCACAAAAGCCAUCAUGGACUGGUUUGUGUGCUUUAUGUCAGGACACCCAAACGUCCAAGCCAAAUGUCGGGAGGAAAUUGGCAACAUUGGUAGUCGUCAGCUAACGAUGAAGGACCGACAUAAGUUGGUUUACAAUGAGGCUUGCUUGUAUGAAACGAUGAGGUUGGCGCCUGCGGCUUCCUUGGGAAUUCCUCACUGCACGUUGUGCGACACACAAGUCGGAGGAUACGAUAUUCCAAAGGGGACAGUGGUCUUAUCGAACUUCUAUGCAAUACACCGAGAUCCUCAUCACUGGAAGAAUCCCGAGUCAUUUGACCCGUCGCGUUUCCUUAAGAAAGAUGGCACCCUAAAUGCCAAACCAGACAGUUACCUCCCCUUCUCUGCGGGGCGCCGGGUCUGUCUAGGGGAACCUGUGGCUAAACCUGAACUACUUUUGAUGUGCGCAACACUGCUACAGAGAUUGGAACUCUGCCUUCCGGAGGGAGUCCGGCCAUGUUAUGAAGGGAUUCCCUUAUCCUUUGGCGUGGAAGCUCCAAAAAGUUAUAAAAUUGUUGUGAAAGACCGCCAAAAUGCAAACUGUUGAAUAUUUAUAAUAUAUAAUAUAAUAAUAUAAUAUAGUGUGCAACUUCCUGACUUUCUCAUAUUCUUUUCUGUCAUUAUCUCCAAAUUAAACAUUGGUUUGCUCAA